CACAGUCAAGCCGGCUUCACCAUGCUGUCUGCCCGUGCUCUCUUCGCUCUCCGCCGGGCUGUAUUUAGCCAGGUUCGGACAUAUGCCGAAGCAGCUCCUGCGGGGGCCCCUGCCAUGAGUUUCACAUUCGCUUCCCCGACUCAGGUUUUCUACAGUGGUGCCAGUGUGAAACAGGUAGAUGUACCCACAUUGACAGGAAUGUUUGGGAUUCUCCCAGCCCAUGUCCCAACUCUACAGGUUCUCAGGCCAGGCAUUGUAACAGUGUUCAGUGAUGAUGGUGGUGCAACUAAAUAUUUUGUGAGCAGUGGUUCAGUAACAGUAAAUGCAGACUCUUCUGUGCAACUCCUGGCUGAAGAGGCAGUGACACUGGACAUGUUAGACCUUAGUACUGCAAAGUCAAACUUGGAAAAGGCACAGGCAGAGCUGCAGAGCGCUGGAGAUGAAGCUGCAAAAGCAGAGGCUCUUAUUAAUGUUGAAGCUAGUGAAGCUAUUGUCAAAGCCCUGGAAUGAACAGGGUUUGUGUAGCUGUAAUGUAUGACACCAAGGACCCACCUACCACCACCUUGACCAAAAUAAAAAGUUAAAUACGAAAA